AAAGACGGCACUAUUUGUUAUAUAAGUUGGGGUUGGAUUUGUGGUGAAGAAAGAAAACCAGAAGCAUACAGAAAUUGAUCAGUAUCAGUGUCAUCACCAUCAUCAUAUUCAUGGCUCCGAUUGCAGUGGGAAGUGUAAUUCCAGACGGCACUUUGGCCUAUUUGGAUGAUGACAACAAACCCCAAACUGUUUCCAUUCACUCUCUCGCCGCCGCCAAGAAAGUCAUCAUCUUUGGUGUUCCCGGUGCCUUCACUCCCACUUGCAGCUUGAAGCACGUGCCUGGCUUCAUUGAGAGAGCUGAAGAACUUAAAGGAAAGGGUGUGGAUGAAAUAAUCUGUAUCAGCGUGAAUGAUCCCUUUGUGAUGAACUCAUGGGCCAAAACAUUCCCAGAGAACAAGCAUGUCAAGUUCCUUGCUGAUGGUGCUGCCAAAUACACCAAUGCCUUGGGGCUUGAGCUUGAUCUUUCUGACAAAGGCCUUGGAGUCCGUUCCAAGAGAUUUGCUCUACUUGUGGAAGACCUCAAGGUGAAGGUUGCAAAUGUUGAAAGUGGAGGAGAGUUCACCAUCUCAAGUGCAGAAGAGAUCAUCAAGGCACUCUAAACCCUUUAAUGCUUCUUCAUAGCUGGGUCUUAGGGACCUUGGUUACUGUCUUCGAUGUGUGUUUAAGACUCUUUUGAGGCCAGACCAUACUAGAAACAUUUUCCUUUUCAUAUAUGUAGUUGUGUUGUGUGCUCUAGGAAGGGCCACGAUCUGGUGCAUAUUAUGGAAGUAAAUAAAAUUUCUAGCUUCAAAUGCUGCAGAUUAUUGCCGAGAAUGAUACGCGCUUGAUUUGGUGUUUUGUAGAA